AUGAUCCCUUGCAGUUCUCGGGAGUCCAAUGCUAUCGGUUAUUCGGGUGCUCGUAUACAAUAUUUUUUUUAUAUUCGCGCCUCGUAUACCAUCAUCGAUCGCCUGAGACUUCCGAUGGCUGCUGAGGAACGCAAGACUGCACGAACCACAUACAAUGUUAAGGGCCACCCGAUGCAGCAGAUCACGGAAGGGUUGUUCAUGCAUCCGAAAUAG